CGAUUCACCGAGAGGAUUAAUACACUGGGUCGGCAGCAAGGAACAAACGCCAGGGAACCUGAGUGCGUCAUCACGUCUCGGUAAAACUAGGACAGCUCAGACCAGAAAAAAGCACACCAGAUCCUCGCCUAUGUACGUCUGCAAGACGAUAGCAACUGUAGACGUUGACGAAAACACCCACGUGCUUAGCAACGCGAAUCCAAAAUGGCGACUUCGUGACGACUGUUGAAAACGUACUAGGAAAGAAGACCUUAAGAUGAGUCGAAGAUCAGGAAGCAGCAGAAGGGACAAAGACAAGCCCCCGCCUCCGAAAGGCCCGGGGUCGGUCAUCAAGUCUUUACCCAGGACGGUUCUCCAGUUCAUGGACACGUCGGACGGGCACAUCCGCAUGAACUUCUCCACGUGCAACAUGAAGGCUCUACCGGAGGAGGUGUACGAAAACGAGGAGCUGGCGAUGAAAACGAAGUACCUGGACGCUCAGAAUAACAGGUUACGCCGCGUACCGAAAGGCAUCGGCCGCCUGGAGUCCCUGCGAAGCCUGGACGUCACCAACAACACCGUCCGCGCGAUCCCGGGAUCCGUCUCCCGGCUCAAGUACCUGACGUCAAUCGAAGCUUCCACCAAUCAGAUCAAGAGCCUCCCAAAGACCAUUCACAAGGCAUCAGCCUUAACAACAAUCAACGCCGCGGGAAACAAACUAAAGACCCUACCAAAGAACAUCGGAUCGUCUUCAUCCAUAACCUACAUUGACGCUUCCAGUAACUCCAUUAAGACUCUACCAAAGAGCAUCUACAAACUGCACUCGUCCGUCAACGUGUCCAAUAAUCAGCUGCGAACGUUGCCGGCGGUCAUCGCCAAGGGAACCUGCUCCAUCAACGUCAUCGAUGCGUCCCGUAACCUGAUCCACACCCUCCCGGAAGGGCUAGACAAGCUACAGAGGCUGGUGUCCUUAAAUCUCUCUCACAACCAGCUGGACUGUAUCCCUCCGACUAUCGGCACUCUGAGGUACCUGGAGUUCCUGGACUUGUCCCACAACCAGUUAGACUUUCUUCCCGACGACAUCUGCAACCUCAGGCAUUGCCUCGUCACUCUUCACGCCAGCCACAACCGGCUAACGCAACUUCCGGACCAGAUUCACAACCUCAGGAAGAUCCACGUGCUCGACCUUUCCGAGAACAAGUUGACGUCACUGCCGGCAAAGUUCGGUAAGACGGAUUCUGUGGUCAGUUUGGACUUGUCCCACAACCAGCUGUCCUCGCUGGAGAGGCUCGCAGGAUUGGGAAAGCUGGAGAGCCUGAACGCGUCAUACAACAUACUGACGUCACUUCCGGAAGGAGUGGGUAGCUUGGUCUCCUUGCGUGUUCUCGAUAUCGCCCAUAACGAGAUUAAGGAGAUGCCUGCAAAGAUCGGAGGACUGAGACACCUGAAGAACGUGGACGUUUCGCACAACAAGCUGGAGACGCUUCCCGACACCCUCGGGGACGAUCAACUUCUGUCGCGGCUGAACGUGUCCCACAAUGCCCUCACCGCCCUACCGACCAACAUGAGGAAGCUUCGCACCCUGGACGCUCUGGACGUGUCCAGAAACAAGCUGGAAGCGCUGCCAGAGCCGUUUCACUUCCUCCGGUCGUUGUCAUUCCUGGACGUAUCGGACAACAAGCUGCCCGUCCUCACCGCGCCUCGCUCCCUCACCUGCCUCAAGGUCGCCGGCAACCCGCUCCGACUUCCCACGAGGGUGGCCGGAGACAACAAGUCGCUGAUCGUUCGGAUCGGCGACGAUCUCCGAAGUCUGACCGAGCUCGACAUCUCCAACAUCGAGCUCACGACGUUACCGACCACCAUCUGCAACCUUCGCUUCUUGGAGAAGUUCAACGCCCGCAACAACAAGUUGAACAGCCUGCCGGCGAACUUCCACCGUCUGCGGCAGCUCCAGCACCUAGAUCUGGCGCACAACGAGCUCACCGCCCUCCCGCCAAAGUUGGGCGACUUUGCCUACCUGUCGCACCUCGACACGUCCAACAACCAAGUCGAGGAGUUCAUGCCAUCGCUUGUCAAGCUGCGGUCCUUGCAGUACCUCAACUUCUCCAACAACAAGUUGACGUCUCUUCCCGACAACUUCGGCACGCUCAGCCAGCUGACGACGUUAGACCUGUCAGCCAAUCAGCUUCCAGAGCUCCCUAACGACCGUAUCGACAUCCUCGCGUCCCUUCUGGUCCUGAACGCGUCCGGUAACCAAGUGACGGCCAUCCCCAUGGACAUGCCGUACCUGUACCGCAUACAGGUACUAAACCUGUCGGCUAACGUCAUCAAGGCCCUCCCGGGGGACAUCUGGCGCAUGAAGUCCCUGACGACCCUUGACCUCUCGGACAACAUGCUGGAGGGUAUCCCAGAAACCAUCACGAAGCUCCCGUCCAUCAAGUCGGUGGACAUCUCGAACAACAAGCUCCGGAGUUUCCCGAAGACCAUGGAGAGGCUCCGACAGAAGGCCUCCGUCAACACCUCCGAUCAAGAUCCGAACAAGAAGGAGCCAGAGACUCUGUUGGCUAAGAAGCUGGAAGAAGAGAAGAAAGCGGAGAAGUCCAAACCUGGCAGUGCCGGCGGGCGGCCGAAGUCGGCGGCUAAGCGUCCUGCAGGAGGGAAGGGUGGAAAAGGGAAGAAAAGCGCAGCGGCGAAGAAAGAACCUAGUGCUAGUGCUAGUGUCAACAUCGCGAUGACCGAGAACAUGGGUACCCAAGACACCGGCCCUCCGCAGACAAUACCCGCUCCGUUAGAGGCAACCGUGCAGGCAUAGUUACGCCUGCCUCGGUCCACAAAUUUGUAGCAAUUGUAGAAAAUGGACUGAAAAUGGCCGAUAUCGCCCAAAAUGUCAACAAUAACAUCCCCCUCUCGUGAAAGGGAGGAGUUCAACUCACUCUGGAGGAGUUCAACUCACCACGGACAACGACUGGCUGUGUGCGUCGCCAUGAUUUGGGACUGAUGGAAACCUGGUCCAUCCCCGUCCUCGUUUUGGUGCAAACUAACGCGCGUUCUCGCCAAGCUGUACUCUCGCGGGAGCACAUUUCAAAAUGGCGCUCGUUAUUGGAAAAUCGUCCAUUGGUAGUUGGUGCUGUACCCAUGACACGAAUCAGAACCCAACAAACUGUGAUCCCAAGGCGAGCAUACAACGGACGGUCCUCAGAAAACCCACUCUGAGAUUUUAAGUGACACAGAAAUAAGAAUUUUGUUCAGAACAUCAAACUUCACAAUGUACAAACAAUACAUUGCACUGAGAAAUUCCUCUUCAAACGAGUGACUCAGAACUUGUCCUUGGCUGCCAUCGUUAGUAGCAUGAAUCUGUACCCACAGUGUUAAGAUUAUCAUUGACAAUAAGGACGAGGUUGUAACACAAAUUUCAGUUAGGCAUCUAACCAGACACGACAAAGGUAUCUGCCAGAAACAAAGGAUGGGAAGGAAAUAAUGAUAAAGAAUAUAAGAAAAAUUAUUUUGAUAAAAAAUGAAGAUGACGAGAGAUAACUACUAUACCUAUGUAAGAGAUUUGUACUAGAAUUAAACAACAACAAAACAUUAUGUCACACAUGCACACACACACGCACACACACACACGCACACAGUGACACACAUACAUACACACACAUAUACAUAUAUAGAACUAACGCUAACUCAUUAUCAAUAGCCACAAAGAACUUAUAUUUCUAUGUCUAAGUCACAAAUUUCACUUUGAUGAAACGAGACUGCUUUUUCAAUACAUCACAAAUGCAGUGACAAUAAGAGUGCAAUGUUUAUGUAAAUAUAUUCUUCACGAUUUAAUUGUUUUUAAUCAACCAAAGCUUUCAAAAAGUGAAUGUAGCGUGUAGAUCGUUAGCUUGCUGUGCAUCGUGCAAUCGCUUAGACCUUUCAGUACAAAAGUGUUGUUGAGUUUUACCUCUUAAGUUUUUUAGGAACAUUUUAAAAGAAAACUACAUGAUGGACAAUUUUGAAGUUGUCAUAAACAAAGAGCUAAGACCGUCAGUUGGACAUAAAUCUUACCCUAUAACCAUGAAAUGAUACCAUAAUUUAUUCAGGAUUUUCUUUACAUUUGUAGAAAUGGUUCUAUCAAUAUCUUUUACAUGAAUCGCAAGAAUACAAGGUAUGUACAAUGGGUACAAAGGUUAUAGUACGGUGUACUGCAGUAUUCAACUAAACAAUGGACAUUCUAUUUGUUUUGCUUGAUCGUUGUAAGCACAAUUUUGAUAAUUAUUGGAGCCACACCGUUAACGUUCAACGUUUGGCGUUUUGAGAUAUGUAUAUUAGUACUGAAAGCCACAUAUGGUUUCAUGCAAAUGAGAUUAAGCAUGAAUCACACUGUUUCCGACAACUUGCGUUUUACAAAACUGUUUGUACAAUAAAGAUGUGCCAAUUUGCAUGAUGAUUGUAUGUACCAGAUGCGUCAUUGUCGUUACUUCUCAUUUCAAAUUAUUACCUUCGCCAAGAAGGUUAUAAUUUCUGUAGCGUUUGUGUG